AUGGCAAAGGAAAAGAAGAAGGAUAAGAAGAAAAAAGGGAUCUCACAAAUUUCCAAAGAGCCUAGAACCUAUUUUCCAGAAGCCCUGUUGGCAUUUCAAAUUCAGAUUAAGGAAGAGGUCAUUGAUCAGCUUCUCGGUGAAAUCAAGCAACUGGAAGUAGAGAAUGAGAGAAGCAAAGAAAGAAAUCAGCAUCUCAAAUCUGAACAGAUUGAACACAUCCGAGCUCUGCUGACGAACCUGAAAGAACAGGAGAAGGAGCUUGAAAAAAUAGAAAUCGUUACUCGGGAUGAUGUUGAGAAAGCAAUGAUGGCCAAAUGGCAGUACAUCAAGGAUCAGGAGAAACUUAUUAGAGAUACGCGUUUCCAGAUACAUUAUGUUGAACAGAAACUUAUCCAAAAACAAACUGAAAUAGACUACUGGACUGCCUACAAAAAUGUGGGAAGCAACGAACACUCAACUCAGAUUCAGUUCUUGGAACAGGAUAUUAAAAAGUUGAAGGAAGAUCUUGACGAAAUGACAGAAUUUUUUAGAAUUUCUUUGGAAGAAGCAAAGGAUAGAAUUGACAAAAACACUUUGAGACAGUUGGAGUUAAAGAAAGAAUGGGCCACUGAGAAUGCUGUUAAGCAUAUUGACAAGAUCAGCCGCAGGGAGAUUAAAGAAUACGAAUGGCUAAAAGAAGAAGUAAGUUGAUUUCUGCAGGACAGAAAACGAAUGGAAAGCAGAUCCAUUGGUCACCAGGAG